AUGGAUUACAUGAUGCACGCAAAGUCAAACGAUUUGUUGGAUUUCCAAAAACUGGAUGCACUACUGGAAAAAAUUGCACAUUCCGUUUCUGUGAAGAGAGAGUCCAGUGAGGAGUGCAAUGGGAUCAGUGGUGCUCUGUCAGUGGAGUCUGUGCCGGGGCCAAGACUAAACCGGUGUCCUGCUAACGCCACAGCCUCCGCGCCCGCCCAGGGGCACCUGCCCACAGCCAGUCCUGUCAAAAUCAGGAUGGGGGACGGCGUGGACGCGGCUCAGAUGUCAGGCCACAGCAGCCAGGGCCCAGCCGGGGGUCCGGGAAACCCCCCACUCCCCGAGAUCAUAAACAUGACGCGGCCCAAGCGGCAGACCAAUCAGCUGCAGUUCCUCCUCAAAGUGGUGGUGAAGUCUUUAUGGAAGCACCAGUUUGCAUGGCCUUUUCAUUCCCCUGUAGAUGCCGUCAAACUAAAUCUGCCUGACUACUAUACAAUUAUUAAAAUCCCUAUGGACAUGGGCACAAUAAAGAAAAGGCUUGAGAACAGUUACUACUGGAAUGCCCAAGAAUGUAUCCAAGACUUCAAUACGAUGUUUACGAAUUGCUACAUUUACAACAAGCCUGGAGAUGAUAUUGUCCUUAUGGCUGAGUCAUUAGAAAAGGCUUUCCUCCAAAAAAUCACAGAGAUGCCUCAAGAAGAAAUUGAGAUUGCUGUUAUGACUGGAAAAGGACGAGGUCGAGGACGUAAAGAUGCAGGUAUGACCCUUAAACCAGGGGCCAUCAUUGAUCCUACAUCCACAACUCCGACGACACGCCUGUCCAACCUGUCAGCAACACCACAGAGCAGAGGACCAGCACAGGGCCCGGCUUCACUACCUCCUCAGCCCAUAAUGCAGUCAGAAUGCGCCUCGCAAGUUCCCAUCAUGACGUCUGUGCCACCUGCUGCACAGACGGCCUUGGCCCCAACGCCGCUCCAGAGCUCUGCCCCACUGCUGCAAAACCCCAUGACCAUGACCAAACAAAGAAAGAGUCAGAAACGGAAAGCGGACACAACAACACCCACAGCAAAUGACCAACUGAGUGAAUCCUCACCAGCCGAGUCAAAGUCAGGGAAAACCUUCCCCCGGCGAGAAAGCACUAGGCCUUCAAAACUCAUGAAGAAGGAGGCUCCGGACUCUCAACAUCACAUAGGCCUGGGAGCAAGUGGAGGUCUUAGUCCGAAACCUCAGGAUCAAUUGGGAUACUGUGCCAGCCUGGUUAGAGAAAUGCUGUCAAAGAAACACGCGGCUUACGCUUGGCCAUUUUACAAACCUGUUGAUGUAGAUGCACUCGGACUACAUGAUUAUCAUGACAUUAUCAAACAUCCAAUGGACCUUAGCACCAUCAAGGCCAAAUUGGAAAACAAGCAAUAUCGGGAUCCCCAAGAAUAUGCUGCAGAUGUGCGAUUAAUGUUUUCUAACUGCUACAAGUACAAUCCACCUGAUCACGAGGUGGUAGCCAUGGCACGCAAAUUACAGGAUGUUUUUGAGAUGCGCUUUGCAAAAAUGCCCGAUGAGCCUGAGACAAAGCCUCUGGUUUCUGCCCCGGCCUCUUCUCUUCAUCACCCUGCCCCCGUCAAACCACAGCCGCCUCUGAGCCACGCCGCAUCCUCGUCAGACAGCUCGAGUGACUCCUCGUCAGAAUCGGAGUCGUCAACAGAUGACUCUGAGGAGGAACGGGCCCAGAGGCUGGCUGAACUUCAAGAGCAGCUAAAAGCUGUCCAUGAACAACUGGCUGCCUUAUCCCAACCCCAAGCCAGCAAACCAAAGAAAAAAGAAAAGGAUAAGAAAGAGAAGAAAAAGGAAAAACAUAAGAAGAAAGUCAGUGCGCCAGGCCAUGUCGAGGAAAUACAAGAAGCAACUCCAGUGCCACAGAUUCCCAAAAGGACAAAGACUAGUACAAUAAACAAUAAAGAGCCGGUUUCUAAGAAGAAAAGUAAAAAGGAGUGGGUGAAAGGCAGCCUCCCUCCAAUCCUUCCUCCUGCUCCGUCUCUGGAAGAAGAGCUGGCGGCUGCUGGUGCUUCUGUCGCUGGGGAGAAGUGUAAACCUAUGACGUAUGAGGAGAAGAGGCAACUUAGUUUGGACAUUAACAAGCUUCCAGGUGACAAGCUUGGACGAGUAGUGCAUAUCAUUCAAUCAAGAGAACCCUCGCUCAAAAACUCAAACCCAGACGAGAUUGAAAUAGACUUUGAAACGCUCAAACCUUCUACUUUACGAGAGUUGGAGAGAUACGUGUCAUCUUGUCUACGGAAAAAGAAGAAGGCCCCUGAAAAACCUUUGGAGGCAGUGUCCAAAAAGACUGGUUCCUCUUCGGAAAGCAGUGGCUCAAGCUCUGAUAGUGAGGGAGAGGGGCCUGGUAUGAUGAAACCGAUGAAAAAGAAGAGUCAUUCUGGGAAGGAAGCAAAGAAAUCUCAUCCCCACAUUCAGCCUCAGGCCAACAGUCAGAUAAAGGAGAAUCAACCUUCUCCAGCCGGAUUCAUGGCGCCCCCUGUAGCUGCUCUGGAGUCAUCGCAAAUGUUGGAAAACAGUUUUGACUGUAUUCCCUCUUUCGGGCAGCCUCCAGUGCAUCUGCCCCAUCAUGCAGGAAAUGCCUCGUCUCCCUCAGCCCCCCACCUCAACGCUCACGCUGCUGCUCCAGUGUCCCCGGAAACGCACCCUUUCCUCAACCAACAUCCCGUCCUGCAGUCCCCAGCGUUGCACAGUUCGAUGCCUCAGCAGCCUUCACGACCGAGCCACAAGGCGGCGCCACUUCAUCCCAAACUUCAACUUCAACAACUGCAACUGCUGCAGCAGCAGCAGCAGCAGCAGCAACAACAACAGGCAGCAGCGCCCCAGCUGCCUCCGGCCACUGCCCCUCCACAGCACCAGCUCCCAGCACAGAUCCACCACCCCUCUCAGCCGCUCAAUCAGCGGCCUCUGUCUCCCCCCACACUCACCCCACAGGGAAUGCUCUCGUCUCAGCCCCCACAGCUGUUGCUAGCAGACGAUGAAGAGACCCCCGGCUCUUUGAACCCUGUGCAGUUGUACCUGCAACAGUUUCAGCAGGCGCACCAGCCGCCACAGAUGCCCCCGCUUCAGGGGCAUAGUCGGCAGCCUCAGCCAGGGCAUUUACAGACUGUCCCAGGGCAGCUGUCCUCUCAGGCACCUCUGCCUCCUCCCCAGCUCCCUGUUCAGACCCAGACUCUACAAACUGCCCCGCUUCAACCCCCCAUGCAACAAAUGCCCCUUCUUACGGCCCGCCACAUGCAGCACACGCAGCCACCACAGCAAACACAACCACAGCAGUUGAACUUUCAGCAGGUGCCUGGACUAGCGGGUCAGUCCCAGGCAACACAACACAAAGUAUCCAUGCCCAUCAACAAAGCACAACAAGUCAUUCAGCAGCAACAAGAGCUAGCGCCACCACGAACUGUGAAGCCUGACCCUUACAACACAGGUAACAUGAGGGACAACCCAUCUCCACUCAUGAUGCAUUCCCCACAAGUUCCCCAAUUUCCUCCAGUCUCUCACCCCUCCCCUCCUCACAACAUACAGUCUAAAAAGCAACGAAUACCUGUAACACAAGACCUCAUCAAGGAGGAAAAACUCCCUCCAUCUCCAUUGAUGAGGGGAGAGCCUUUCAACCCUGCCAUGAGACCAGACCAGCCCAAACAUGAAGUCAAGCCCAUUCAACAAGGCCACAGUCAACAUAGGCCGGACUCAAAAUCCAUGGACAACUCGUCGCGGCCUGUUAUUCGGUCAUCAGAACCCAGUGGUCCUCCAUCCUCCAAUCUAGAGAAGGAAAAGUACAAGCAAGAGUCCAAGGCAUCUGUGGCUCCUAAAAAGGUCCAGGAUGUAAAACUAAAGAAUAUGGGCUCAUGGGCCAGUCUGGCUCAAAAGUCUACGUCCGCUCCACACUCUGCUGUAAAAUCGUCCAGUGACAGUUUUGAGCAGUUCCGUCGUGCUGCUCGGGAAAAAGAAGAAAGGGAAAAGGCUCUGAAGGCUCAAGCAGAACAAGUCGAAAAAGACAGACUACGAAGAGAGCAAGACAAACUACGGGGUCGAGAUGAGGACGAGGUGAUAGAAACAAGUCGACGUGUGCAUGAGGAGCCCCGGAGGCGGCACGAGCCACAGCACCUGCCCUCCGUGCCCCAGCCCCCUCCACAGCAACAGCAGCAGCAGCAGCAACAGCAGCAACAGCAGCAGGAGCCACCAGUGGCCCCAGUACAGCCACCCGCCCCGCCCCCUACACCUCCCCAGCCCACCGCACAGAACCCCCUCGACCAACAGAGAGAAAUGGCGCGAAGGCGCGAGCAGGAGAGGAGGAGACGAGAAGCGAUGGCAGCAACUAUAGACAUGAACUUCCAAAGUGACUUAAUGGCUAUUUUUGAAGAAAACCUAUUCUGA